AUGGAUGCGCCGGUGUCAGUGGAUGACGGUAUGGAGGCGCUGACCUGCUCGUUUAAAAUUUACGGAUACGACGUGGCCAUACUGACCCUGCUGGGAUUGCAGGCAGGGAUUUAUUCGCCAGAAAUUGUUGUCCGUCAGGCGUAUCAGGUGGGCGGUGCAACAAGCGGUCUGGUGGAAACCCUUCAGGGGAUGAUCACCAGUAUCACGCCGGAUGCGCGUCCGUCCACCUCGCAGGCAGAAGCAGCGGUGUCGGUGGAAAUGUCACUGAGUUAUUACCGCCAGGCUGUCGAUGGACUGGAGACCAUCUGCAUUAUUCCGGAGCAGUUUGUACGGCGCAUUAACGGUGUGAAUGUGCUGUCGGAUCUGAAAAAAAUUAUCCGGGUGUGA